AUGGAGGUUUAUUCUAAAGGUUUGUAAACAUUUCGGAAUUUUUAAACAUGCUCAAUUUUUUGAGCUUGAGCUCUCAAGGUGCUGGCACAGAAGAUUUCUAGGUUUUCUAGGCGCGGGUGCUUGUCAUAGAAGCUCCGAAGGCGCGGGUGCUUGUCAUAGAAGCUCUCAAGGCCUGACUCCUUGUCAGAGGGGCUCUCUAGGCGCGACUACUUGACAUCGAAGCUCUAUAGGCUUCACUCCUUGUCAGAGGGGCUCUGUAGGCGCUGCUCCUUAUCAUAAAAACUCCGAAGGCGCGGCUAUUUGACAUAUGAGCUCUAUAGGCUUGACCCCUUGCUAGACUGGUUCUCUAGGCGCGAGCUCUUGUCACAAAAGGUCUCAAGUCGUUGCGCCUUGACACACAAACUCCCUGUCUAAAAAAAAUUGAACCAAUUUUUUAAAUUUUUGAAAAAAAUUCUAAAAAUUUAUAUUUUUUCUAGGAAUUCAAGAUUUCCUCAUCCAAAACAAGGCCGGAAUUUUAUCAUUUUUCGAUGCGCUCGAAAAAGAAAAUUCGAGAAACGAGAACAACAACAAAAUUGACACAAAAAAGUGCGGCGGCGGCAAACUUCGAAUGAACCAAAAGUAAGUUAAAAAGUGGGGUUUGGGAGACGAAAAGAAGAAGAAGAAUUUGAUUAUUUUUUCUUUUUCACACGACAAGAAAAAAUAUAUGGGGGAAAUUGAGUUUUUUUCUAGCGCAACUCGAUCAAGGUUCAAAUUGACUACAAAACCGAGCAGGUGAGAAAAAACGGGAAAAAUUUGGUGUUUUGCUGGACUCCUACAUUUUUUAAAGAUUUUUUGUAGUUUUCGGGGAGUUUGGAGGCUUCAGAGGGCUUUCGAAGGCUUUAGAGGGCUUCAGAAGACCUCCAAAGGCUUCAGAAGGGUUUAGAAAGCUUCAGAACCUCAAAAUCACUCAAAUUCAAGCCACAGUAAUCCUGAAAAACUUGGCAAGAAUCCAAAAUUCUCAAACUAAUUAGACAUCUCCUCAUCUCCAUGAAAAUAAAAAUAAAUUGGAGCAUUUCCUAUCCUGAGAAGGUCCCUUUUUACCCUUUCCCCAGGAAUUUCCGGCAACAUUUUCCUUCCUGAAUUUAAUUAGGAAAUGAAUAAAUAAAUAAAUAAUUAAUUAUGUUUGCAGGGUGGUUGGUGUUUUUGGUUUGGGACAAUUUACGGAUGAGAAAGAUUUGCUGAACAUUUUUCAAGAGUUUGGAAAAGUUGAGAAGGUAAAUUUUAUGGAAAUUUCUAUAGGAACAUCAUAAAAUCAUUUGAGGGCUGAAAAAUCAGAUUUUGAGCUUCUCAAGCUUCAAAACCAUUUUUUUUAAAUAUUAAAAAACAUUCACGGGAAGCUAAAAUAUCCGAAAAGGUUUGAAAAAAUUUGUUUUUCUGAAAAACAGGUGUUUUCAUAAUCAAAAUACGUACUUUUAACGUCAUUGAGUUUUUUUUUUUCAGAAAAUAACUUGAAAUGAAGAAUUUUCCUGGGAAACUGUCACAUUUUUUGAAUUCUUAAUGUGACAUUUUUAGUGGCGAACAAAAAAAAGGGAAAAUAUUAAUUGGAAAAAGUUCUAUAGAAAAUCAUAUGAGUGAAAAAAAAUCUCAUACGAUUUUUUUACCCAUGAUAAUUUAAUUUUUUCAUUUCAAAUUGAAUUGAACUUGUUUUCAUGAAAACUGAAAAAUAAAUUAAAUUUUCAGAAAUUAAAAAAUUUCUGAAAUUUUCUUCUAGAAGUCUUCUAAGUUUUUUGAAACCUUUCAGGACUUCUAUAAUUUUUCCAUAGCUUCUGAAAAAUUCAAGAAAUUCUCCCAGGUUUUCUAGAAUGUCCCUGGGACUUCUGAAAUUCAGAAAAACCUUUAAGGCUUUCCAGAAGUUUCCCCGGGCUUCAGAAGUUUCCAAAAAUCCUUCAGGACGUUCUGAAAAGCUUCUGGGUUUUCUAAAAAUUCCGAAAAAACUUUUCAAGCUUUCUAGAAUUUAUCCUAACUUCUGAAAAUUCAAAAAAUUCUCCUGGAUGCUCGGAAAAGCUUCUGGGUUAUCUAAAAUUUCAGAAAAACUUUUGAGAAUUUCUAGAAAAUUUUCAGAAGACUCUAGAACUUUUUACAGGUUUUCAAAAACCUCCCCAAAACCCUCUAGAAUAUUCCCAAGCUUUCUUUAAAAAGUUUCCCCCCCAAUAAUUUUUCUCCUGAUUUAGAUCAACAUAAUCCGGGACAGAUACAAUCAACGAAGUCGAGGAUUCGGUUUUGUUUAUUUGAGGACGAAAGAGGAGGCGCAAAAUGUUGGUGUUGUUGUUGUUUUUUUGUUUUUCCAUCUCAUUUUCAUUUUCAUUAUCCAGUUUUCUUAUUUAUUUGUUUUUUUCCAGGCUAUUCGCUCAUUGGCCAAUUUUGUUAUUGAUGGACACAAAGUUCGAAUUGAUUUUUCAAAUACUGUUUGA